AUGUGGUCGGCAAACAAGGACCGGAGGGCGCGCAGAAGGCAGCAAGCACGCAGAGCCAACAACAUCAUGCCAUAUGCGGAUGUUUUCUGCAUGAAAUCGCAUUCUGCAGUCUCAUGGUGUUGAAGGCAAGAGCAUCGGCCACGGCCCCACCCCCCGUCGUCCGAGCCCUCUACGACAACAAGCUAAGGGGCGGCACAUUUCAAGCAUACGUAGAUGGUACCCACUAACACACACAUAAGAGGAGACGGCCGAUGUCAUGGCAUUCACUGCUUUUGUGUGUGUGCAGACAUGACGGCCAUUGUGGUGUGGUUGUCGCCGCCCGAGCAGGUUGGUGUCCCCGCCCGCCUCCGUGAAAUCGUGUUCGAGUACUUGAGGCAGUGGCCGCCUCCUAGUGGCGAAACACCGCCAUCAACGCUGCUGGACGAGGGCCUGCCCCGUCAAGACAUCACCAACCUGCUCGAGGACCUGGUGACGAGCCUGCAGCAGCGCUCCCCCACAGCAGAUGACACCCACCAGCCACCAGCAGAGGGGAAGAAGACGGCCACCCACGGCAGAAGAGCCGUCAAGCCCAGGAGGAGACCACCAAGACGAGCUGCAGCACAGGGCGCCACCACACCAGCGCGCAACAAGGGUACGACGCCCCUCAGACAGUCGAUGGGAGGCAGAACGGGUGGAUCAUUUGGAUACGUGCAGUCCUCCUCUUUGCUGAUGGGCGGUGUAUGUGUGUGUGUGUAGGUGGCACGGCGGGAGAGUCGGCUGCACCACAUUCAGGGGAGGGCUCCCUGAAAACCUGGCUGGCGAAAACGAUGCCGUGAGAUGGGCGGGAAAGACACAGGGUACGCGGUGCAUAUUACCGAUUGUGUGUUGCCCUUUCUCUCAGAGUAAGUCCACUUUCGGCCAAGAAGACGACGUCCGGGCGAUCUGAAUUGGCCAAGAGACUACGUAAGACUAAGAUAGCAGCAUUUGAGCUCAUCACGAUGCAUGUGGCUGGGCAGGCGAGUCGCUUCUGCGACAGAAGGAGCCUAAGGAGCUCCCCCAAUCAAGGCAAAACACCACACCACGUAAGCACAGCACCGGUACGAGUUUCUGGUGCAUGCAUCGCCUUCUCUUUGCAGCAGCCAAGGUGUGCCCGUCGGUAGAGCAUCAUGCCGUGUUCCGCAUCAUGGCCCCCACUCCCUAUGACUACUUCAUCGCACGCGACUACGCAUGUUUCCGUGCAGGUGAGAGAGACAUAUCACGCCCACCAUGAGACGAUGUGCAUUCGCCUCUCUCCUUCCUGCGUUUCAAAUGCAGUUGGUGCGAUGUCGGGGCCGGCGGUGGCGGCCACGACGCCCGGGGCGUGCAGAUGCAGGCAGAAGUCAUGUUGCUGA